UGCAACAGGUGGUAGCUGGAGGUUACUUCUUCCUAGGAUAUUUUUUUCUCAAUAUUUCAAUCCUGUGUAUUUUCCGGUGUUGUAUUUCUGCGCUUUUUAUGUGGGAAACUUGUGUGGAUAUUUUUUACUAGUCCUUCAGCUGUUUUCACAGAUUAAUUUCUGCUAUCGUUUUUACGUCAUAAUGGGUAUCAAAGCUAGCAAGAAGGCGGACAUCACUGCCCCUCCCCAGAAGGACAAGAAGCUGAAGCGCAAGAAGAGCAAAAAGGAAUCCUCAGCAGCCGUCAACGGAGAUACGGGUAUCGAAGAAGUCAGCAUUCAGGAAAAGAAAGACGACUCUCAAAUUUUGGAGAAUGGGCCAAAACCUGCAGAAGAAGGUACAGAAGCCAAGAAGGCCGAGACUGAGAGUGCAGGAUCAAAUGAUGCGCCAACAGACAUUGUGCAGGACAGUCCAGACAAAGAAGGCUCUGGAGUUGCUGUGAUAUCUGAGGUUAUGUCUCCUUCCAGUCAAACGUCGCCAGUAGGUGAAGAAUCAAAGGAAAAAACCGAACAAAAAGUUGAAUCGCCUGCCAGUGAAACAGUGGAAGCGAAAAUUGAAACAGAUGAAAAACCUGCAGCAGAAGUUCCUAAAUCUCCUGUGGAGACUGAAGCGAAAUCCGAUGUUCCUGCUGAAACUAAGCCAGAGGCACCAGCUACCUUAGAAAUUAAGCAGGAAACAGCACCAGUAGAAGCCAAAACUGAAGUUCUCAAAGAAGAGCCCAAAGUAGAAGUUCAAGUUGCAGAGUCUCCUAAAGAAGAACCCAAGGUGGAAACGCCUGUUGCAGAAGCUCCCAAAGAAGAGCCCAAAGUAGAAACUCCAGUUGCAGAAGCACCCAAAGAAGAGCCCAAAGUAGAAACUCCAGUUGCAGAAACACCCAAAGUAGAAACUCCUGUUGCUGAGGCACCCAAAGAAGAACCUAAAGUUGAAACGCCAAAGGAGGAGCCAAAGGUAGAAAUCCCAGCACCAGAAUCCCCAAAAGCAGAAACUCCUGUUGCAGAACCUAUCAAAGAAGAACCUAAGGUUGAGACUCCUGUUGCAGAAGAGCCCAAAGCAGAAACGCCUGUUGUAGAAUCUCCUGUAGAACAAAAGGUGGUCACUCCUCUUGAAGAAGCUCCUAAAGAACCUGCAGCAGAAACCCCCAAAGAAGAACCCAAAGUAGAAACUCCAGCUACUGAGGAACCCAAAGUAGAAACUCCAGCUACUGAGGAACCCAAAGUAGAAACUCCAGCUACUGAGGAACCCAAAGUAGAAAGCCCAGUUGCAGAAGAACCCAAAGUAGAUAGCCCUGUAGAAGAAGCCCCUGUUGCUGAGGGAACCCAGGUAGCAAGCCCUGUUGUAGAAAGUCCAGUUUCUGAAGCACCUAAAACACCCAGUCCUGUUGUAGAAAGCCCUGUAAAUGAAGAAACAAAUGUAACUAGCCCUGUUCCAGAAGUGGCCAGUCCAGUUGUAGAAAGCCCUGUAUCUGAAGAAUCAAAGGUGGCCAGUCCUGUUGAAAGUCCAGUGGCAGAAGAACCCAAAGUAGAGUCUCCAGUUGCAGAAGUUACACCUGAAGCACAAUCACCUGCGGAAGCUCCACAAAGUCCAGCAGAAGUCGCACCUGUUGUUGAAAAAGUUGAAGAGAGUGCUGUUUCAAAAGAGCCAGAACCAGUGCAAGAGACAAAAGUUGAAUCACCUGUAGAAGAGGUUCAAGUUAAUCAGGAAUCGGCUGAAGAGAAGGCUCCUGUUACCAAUGGUGGCAUGAAUGGGGAUGUGGAACAUGAGGAAUCCAAGGUUACAGUGAAUGGUGAUGAAAAGAGUGAUUCAACGGAAGUACCAACUACUCUGACAUGGAAAAAUGGUGGUGAUAAUGUAGCUGUGUUAGGAGAUUUCAAUCAAUGGGAAGAUAAAUGUAUACUUCAUAAACAGGAUGACGUUUUCUCUACUAAAAUAAAGCUCUCCAAAGGAACGCAUCACCUGAAAUACAUUGUUGAUGGUGUUGAAACAAUUGAUGAUAGCCAACCAACUGUGGAACUCGAUGGCCAUGGUCAAGUCAAUGUGUUGGUCAUCUAAAAUGAAGAAAAGAUGCCAUAGGAUGUAAAAUAUUACAUUAUGUAAAAUCUGCCACUUGUGAAGGAACUCCAUAAAGUAGUUCUAUUACUUUACACUCACCUGAAAGUAUUAAAUUUCUGGGAAAGGCUUUACAGAGCAAGAACACUUCCAUAAUUUAUCAAAAGUUAUGGUUAUUUGUGAAAUGGAUGUGGUAUUUGGUUGUGAACAAAGGAUUGACAACAUGCUGUUUCAUUAAGUUAAAAACAACUUCUACAGCCUGGCCUACUAAUCAUAGUGACCAUGGCUGGGACUACAAGACGCUUUUCCUAAAAUGUUAUUGUAGUGACAUGUAGUAUAUAGAAUGUGUGUAUGUGCUAGUUUAUAUCAAAUUUCCUACUUUCCUUUGAUCACUUCCUUUUCUAGUAAGUAUUCUGAAGUUUUUAAAAACUGUCUUUUGUAUGAAUACUAAUUAAUGUCUUUAAUUGUUUUUUGGGGUUUAAGUGUGGUUCAUUUAAUCAAAAUGGAUUCUUUUUGUAUAUACAUGAAUUCUUAUAUUUUACAUACGUAAUUAAGAUCAAUUUUCCUUUUAAUCUCUUCAGUUGGUGUAAUCAUGGGUUCUUGCUUUCAUGUCUUCCCAUAUCAGAACAAUUUCUCAAUGUUAACCCACCAAUAAUUCUUAAAUUUUAUGCCUUUUUAACUGCAGGUAAAAAUGAGCUAGAUGCCUACCUAAAUGCCAAUCAUUGAAUAUCUUCCCAAUUGUAAACCUUUUAAUUAAUACUUUAUACUAAUAUACAUUCAUAGAGUAAGUUUUUUAAACAUUUUAAGAAAGCUGCCAAAUCUUUAUACUACAGGUUUUACAUUUUUUUAAAAAUAAGUUUACAUUGUCAGUGUAUCAAACACGUUAUCUGAAGGUGUCUAUUUACUGGUAUUUAAGGUUUUUCUUUAUUUCUGAUCUUUUAGAAAGGUCAGAAAGUUUACAAGUAUGUAGUGCCUUCUUAAUAAAUAUCACUUGCUUUCUUAUGUAUCUACAAGUUUUUAGGAUUUAUGUGUUUGGAUACUUUUGUAAAGAAUAAGAUUUUGGUGCUGUUUUUCAUGUUAAUAUUAAAAGAAAGAUUGACACUUCACUUUCCUAAUUAAAAAUACAUCUGUAAUUAAAUUUUUAGAAUCAGUUUCUAGUCACAAUACUGAGUAUUUGUAAUUAAAUCUUUACCCUUUAGAAAAGCUUGCUACAGAAAUAAAAAGGUCAAAUCUACGUAGAGCUAAACCUUCAUGGAUUUUAUUCAAUGUAAUUUGCAUCACAUUUUUAUUUUGUGUUUCUUUGAUUUGUCAUAUUGUUAAUAUUUUGUACUGCAGACUGCUUUUUCAAAUAAAUAAUUCAAAGGACCA